AUGAGGGAAAAUCAGACAACAGUGACAGAAUUCAUUCUAUUGGGAUUUCCAGUUGGCUCUAGGAUUCAGGUGUUUCUAUUUGGUCUCUUCUCCCUGCUCUAUGCCUUCACGCUGCUGGGGAAUGGGAUUAUCCUUGGUCUCAUUUUACUGGACUCCAGACUAAACACCCCAAUGUACUUCUUCCUGUCACACCUGGCCAUUGUCGACAUAGCUUAUGCCUGCAAUACAGUGCCCCAGAUGCUGGUGAACCUCCUGGACCAGGCCAAGCCCAUCUCCUAUGCUGGCUGUAUGACACAAACCUUUCUGUUUUUGACUUUUGCUCACACUGAAUGUCUUCUCCUAGUUGUGAUGUCCUAUGAUCGUUAUGUGGCGAUCUGCCAUCCCCUCCGCUAUUCUGUCAUCAUGAACUGGAAAAUAUGUAUUAUCUUGGCAGUGACCUCCUGGACCAUUGGAGUCUUCCUAGCCCUAGUGCAUCUAAUUUUACUUCUUCCAUUACCCUUCUGUGGACCUCAUAAAAUUAAUCACUUUUUUUGUGAAAUCAUAGCUGUACUCAAGCUUGCCUGUGCAGACACUUACAUCAAUGAGAUAAUUGUUCUGGCUGGAGCAGUGUCAGUGCUGGUGGGACCAUUUUCCUCGAUUGUGAUUUCCUACAUUCACAUUCUCUGGGCCAUCCUGAAGAUCCAAUCAGGAGAAGGGCGGAAGAAAGCCUUCUCCACCUGCUCAUCCCACUUGUGUGUGGUUGGACUCUUUUAUGGCACAGCCAUUAUCAUGUAUGUUGGGCCCAGAUAUGGAAAUCCUCAGGAGCAGAAGAAAUAUCUCCUACUGUUUCAUAGUCUUUUUAAUCCCAUGCUGAAUCCCGUGAUCUAUAGUCUCCGGAACAAAGAAGUCAAGGCUGCUCUGAAAAGAAUGGUAGAAAAAGACAGAGGUCCCUGA